AUGGGGGCCGGGCUGCUGAGCGCCCUCCUGGGCCUCGCACUGGCCCAGGUGCAGAUGACCCCGCAGGGCCUGGACCUGCAGAAGAUGGUAGGAUUCUGGUGGGAAGCUGGUGUGGCCUCCAGAGAAAACUUGGCACUAAAGACCCCGAAGAGGCUGGAGGCCUUGUUCCUGACCGUGAGUGGGGAGACGCUGACCGUGACAGUCGCCUACAACAACUCAGGAAGUUGUCAGACUGAAGAAAUAGUGAGCUCAGAAAUGAAUGUUUUGGGGAAAUUUGUGUUUCCUGGCCGCCGGGAGAUCCACGUGAUAGACACAGACUAUGAGCAGUACGCCAUCCUGCGCGUGUCCCUCCAGUGGCAGAACAAGGAGUUUUACGUGUUCAAGUAUUUCACUCGGAGCCUGGGCGGCAAGUGUGAGCCCGGGUUCCUGAAGUUCCGGGAGCUGACCACUGACAUGGGGCUGUACCUGGUGGGCCGGCACGGGAGGUGCGCCAGGCUCCUGAAGGAGGAGCUGACCUAG